AUUCUUUGGGGAUAUUCUUGGGUCUAGAAAAAAAAGCAGCAAAGUAUUGUGGUAUAUAGAAGCAGACGAGAGUCGAAUCGGCGCAAAGCAGUAGAAACGACAUGGCUGUCGACACAAUACCUCCUCUGAUCAACGCACAGCUGAAUUAUCUCCGAUCCAAUGCUCCUUUCUCCAUCAAGGUUGAGCAGAUGUGGUCUGGUUGCAGAAACCCUAGCUUAAUUGAUCGAUUCACCUUAGCCAUUCCCUUCUGCCUUGACUAUAUCAAAUGGGAUGUUAUAUACAAUGCACAAAACCCCUUAGCUGCACCUGAUGUUAUAUUCGGCCCCGAGGAUGAGGCUUUCCACCCAUUCCGCGGAAUGAGGGAAGAAAGCUUGUCAAACUCGAAAAAGAACUGUCUGUUAGAGUGGAACUACAAAGAUCCUGCUUGUCUUCUAACUUUAAUUCUUCAACUGAGGGACUUGUAUAUGGUUUACCAGAAGCAACGUGUGGGGGAGGUUGAUGAUGAGAGGCUGAAGUUUGAACUUGGUACCAUUAUUUCAAAAGAGGGACUUGAGAUGUACAUGAGCUCCGGAGUAGAAAAGCCAGAAGAGGUAAGAUUUGCAGUGCCUUUACUGGGGAUGGAUAUCAACAAAAUUGUCAUUGGUUCCUCUUGGCGUCAGCAGCAGAAGAUAUACCUACAGGUCAUAUUUCCAGUUGUUGGAAAGUUUACAAAUAAGCCUCCAGUUCCACGUUUAAAGUUGGUUUCUACUCCUGAUCUGAGGGCUGUAUUGUCAGUUGAGGAUGUCAGGCUUCUACCAUGGUCAGAUGGGAUGUGCUUGGCUGAAUAUCUCCCCACUCUAGAAGAGUUGCUGGCAUCACAGAUUAAAGAUGCAGUUACAUUAAUUGAACUUAGAAGGCAAUUUAUUGUUGCACUAGCUCCUUUUUUUGGAAGGCCACUAGAAGCUGAUUCAGUCUUCUGCAGAAAGGCAUCCUUUCUAUCUGUGUCUGGGAUCUUCACUUUUGUGGUUCAUUUUGCUCUGACACUUCAAUUUCCUAAGCAACCACCUCUUCUAGUGCUUCAGAGUUCUCAGCAUUUUGAUCUCCGUGGAGCAGCUAUUAAGUCAUCUUCUUUAACGGAGUAUCCAUGGAGCCCCAGAUGGGAUGUGUCGGAAAUGGCUGAGAGGAUCUUUGAUUUUGUUGCGGAUGAAUGUUUGAAUUUUAGAAAAAUCUGCAAUGAAAGUGUGCAUCAGCAACAACGUUGAGGAUGUGUGCUGUGUGGUACCUUGCUAGAUAAGUUGAUAGCUACUUGUCUAUCUCUUUUGUCUAACGUACAGUUUCAGUUUCAAUCUAGAGGCUUAGUAGAGAAUUUAUGUAUGAAGCUGACAUUGUUAUGUUGUAAACCCGAUAUGUAAAGUUAUGCAGUCCAAUCAAAUUAUCGGAUUAUGAA